GAGCGGUAGACUGGAACCGGAAAGCGCGAAAUUUAGUUAUGGCGGCAUCAGGAGACGAUUUAGAGGAUGAAGAAUACGAAGCCCUGGCUUAUCAACAGCGUUUAAAAGCUGCCCUGCACUACACCGUAGGCCGUAUUUGUGAAAAAGCAGGUGAGGAGUCAGGGUUACAAUAUUCCAGAAGAUUCAUUGCUGCCCUAACAGAGACGACUUUCAAGCAAUGUGAAUCUUUUGCAACAGAUCUUGAACUAUUUGCAAAACAUGGAAAAAGAAGCCAAAUAAACUCUGAUGACGUGCAGCUGCUUGCCAGAAAAAGUUCUACUUUGGCUACUCAUAUGGAAGGGAUGAGCAAAGAACUGGCAGAAGCACAUGAAGCUAAUAAGGCUUAUAAGAAAACUAGAAAAGUAAAGAAGACUAAACCAGCCCAGGAGUGCAAUGAAGCUCUUGAAAUUGAAGAUAAUCAAUAGUAUGGGAAUAUCUUUGAAGAAGACUUUGGAGUCAUGCUGUAAAGAAUUUGAACAGCUGCUUAUAAAUAUAUUAAAUGAAGACUUUGAACAAAGA